AUGCCGGUCGAUAAUCCGGUACCACCGGAAGUGGCCUAUACGCUUUAUAUCAUUAUUGCCUCGAUAAUCAUCGUCUGCGAUGUCCCCUUCAUUGUGAUGAUUUUUUGGAAUAGAAGCCAAAAAGAGCUGGUGAUCGUCGGGUUUAUGUGCAUAGCCGAUACAGCACAUGCUAUCGCGUUUCUGGUUUCCGGAGCGAUACGGUUAUGGAUAGCACUAAAUCAUGAAGGUGGUAACUCGAUUACCAAUACCCAAUGUAUACGCUAUUAUUUCCCUGUGAUAUUCUUGUAUUCUUAUCAACUUAUGGGAGCUGCUACUUUGGUGGUUUCGAUAGAUAGAUUUAUCGCGGUGAUGAAACCGGUCUACUACCGUACCCUCUCCAACGCAUUCAGUUUUUAUAUAAUGGCAGGAGUAAUCCUCUAUGUGUCCAUCAUCGCGCUGUUGUUCAUCUACAUCGUACAAACGGGUCCUGCCCUGCCCAGCUCCCCAAAUUGCUUCACCUCCGAAUCCUACACCCCGGAAAUUUGGCGCUAUAUGCUGUUUUUCCGGAUGAGUACGCUAAUUGUCAGCAGCCUACUGUAUUUACCGAUAUCUUGGCGGAUCUAUAAGAUGGCCAACGCGCUAAAGCGAGGCGCUAGCAGUGAUAAUUAUAGCCGGAAGAUUAUAAAGACGACCAGGACUAUAGGAUUUACGGUAGCCGCGGAGUUUGUAUUCGUGGUGAUACCAGAUAUAUUCUUGAAUUUCAACCCAUUCGGCCUGGCACGGUACCAAGUGAUAUGGUAUAUCUGUGGUGUUAGUAAAGGCGCAAUCAACGUCCUUCUCGUCACCCUACAACACGACGAGAUUUUCAAGUUGCUGAAUCGAAAAUUCCGCCGCCUUUCGAAGCAGCCGACGGCCACAACUGUGCUCACCUCCUCAAAUGUGCGAUCGGAGAGGAAUCUUGGUGCUUUU